AUGAUUUCCCUUCUUGUAGAGGGCAAACACUUCAUGGGUCUUUUGGAUACUGGGGCUGAUGUUUCCGUCAUUGCUCAAAAUCAUUGGCCAUCUGCAUGGAAACUCACUCAAACUAAUACUUCCAUUCAGGGGGUGGGAUCAGCCUCCCAUCCAUCCCCCAGUUCUCGUCAUUUACACUGGACUUCAGAGGAAGGUCACAAUGGGUAUUUUAAGCCCUAUGUCCUCCCUCAUAUUCCCAUGAAUCUGUGGGGAAGGGAUGUUAUGUCCGCUAUGGAUAUAAUCAUUACCACAAACUCCCCAGCGACUCGUUCCAUGGUCAAAAGUGGUUAUUCACCUGGCAAAGGGCUGGGAAAAAACCUUCAGGGUGAUCCCUUGCCUGUUUCCAUACCAUCCUCCCAAAUCCGUCAGGGAAAAGACAAGUCUGGGCUGGGAUUUACUCCCCCUUUUUAG